AAUGCAGCGCCUAAAAUACUGAGCGCCACUAAGGAUCUGAAGAAGAAGAAAGACGCGGAAGUGCUAACGAUUUUUCAUGUUUUUCUGUAUCUAGGGAAACUAAUUUACUUUUAUACCCGAACAAAACUGCGAGCAUGGGAGAAGCACAACUUUAUGCCUCGAUAACAGGAGAGCUGGUGAAGAGUCUUGGUGUUGAGCCCCAGAGCAGCUCUAAAGCAGAAAAGUUUGCAGAGGCCUUCCUGAAGAACAGCCUUAAGAAACCUGAACGCUACGACCUGAAGGACAUGCUCACCCAUAAGGCCAUACACCUGGGCUACGCCAACCCUAAGAAAGAGACGACGAAGAGAAACAGCAAGAAAGCCAAAGGGUUAAAUGCUCGACAGAAGAGAAAGAUGAAGAUUUUCCAGAUCAAGCCUGAACACCAGAGAUACGAGCUUUUUCUGCCUUUACAUAAACUCUGGAGACAAUACAUAGUUGACCUGUGUGGGGGAUUAAAACCAUCAAGCAAUCUACAGUUUGUGCAGCAGAAGCUUCUGAAGGCAGACUUCCAUGGCGCCAUCAUUACAGUGGUGCGGUCUAAAUGUCCGUCGUACGUAGGUACUGCAGGGAUCCUCGUCCAGGAGUUUAAACACGUCUUCAAAAUCAUCACCGAGGAGAAUAAGCUCAAAGUCAUCCCCAAACGGAACAGUGUUUUUGCUGUGGAGAUUAACGGCUUUGUUACACACAUCUAUGGAAGCAAGUUUGAGCAGCGAGCCAGUGAACGGUCCGCCAAGAAGUUUAAAGUUAAAGGAACCAUCGACCUUUGA